AUGCCCGUGACACCACCAGCGAAAUACUGGCGGCAACGCUACGAUCUGUUCGAAGAAUGGGAGAACGGAAUUUUCGCCGACUUCGAAGCUUGGUAUUCGACCACACCCGUUCUAGUAGCCCGUCACCAAGCGGUUGAGUGUAUCCGAAAACGUAAGUGGCAGAACGCAAAGCCCAAAAGGGUGGUGGUAUUAGACGCGUUCUGUGGUGUUGGUGGCAACACGAUCGCGUUCGCCAAAGCUGGUUUCUUCGUGAUAGCGUGCGACAUAGAUAGCGAAAAAAUAAAAAUGGCAAAAUGCAAUUCGACAGUGGCCAAGGUGGACCACAGAAUUGAGUUUAUUUGCUGCGACUACCUAGAAAUGUCGAGUAGUGCGCGAAUUGACUACAUUUUCCUAUCUCCGCCGUGGGGAGGGCCUUCGUAUACGACCAUGCCACGAUACACUCUAUCAAAAGUGGAAAUAUGUGGAGUCUUCGGUACCGAGCUUAUAUCAAGGUCACUACUAACGACAAAAGAUGUUAUCUGCUUUCUUCCGCAAACUUCCGACUUAGAUGAUAUAUCAGAACGCUGUAAAUCGAUAUUCAAGACAGAACUUCAUUAUGUGUCGACUGCUCAGCGUAUCAAGGCAGUCACGCUUUAUUUUGCGCAACAGACGCUCAUAAGGUAA